GGUGGGGGAGUGCAGGCCCGGGAGGGCGGGGAGGGAGGGGGAGAGGGGCGCCGACGCCGGGGUGGGGGGCAUGGGUGUGAUUGCGGCGGAGGAGGUGGAGGUGGAGGCGGAGGCGGAGGCGGAGGAUGUGGCGGCCUCCAUGUGUCGGAGGCGGUGGGAGAGUGGCGGGCGGUUCUGCAUGGUCGAUGGCGAUAACGAUAGCGCCGGUGGGCUUAUAUGUGUUGGGAUCAUGUUGUCUGUUGUUCGAGCCAGUUCAUCGUCGACAGCCACCAGCCACCACAGCUGCCAGCUGCCAGCACCAGCAGCUGGGUGCUUGACAGCGUAGGUCGGGGAUGCAGAGGUCACCGAGCGCCUCGUGCCUUCGCUGGCUGCCGUUCAGGCGGGGGUGGUUGGAGAAUCGGGAUGGAGGUGGCUCUGGCUCUGGUUCUGGCUCGUAGACAUGUAUUGUCCCUGAGGACAAUGGAUAACCACGUCUCCCUGAGGCGUCGUGGGCGAUCGUGUUGGCUGCGGCCGAUGGCCAGCGCCAGCAGCCAGCUGGAUAGCUGGAUAGCUGGAUCCAGGUCGGGUCGAGCUUCUGGGAAUGGGAAUAGGUGCCGGCGCGAUAGACCUCGACGAACACGUCGCCGUCGGGCCAUCCGACACCGUUUUGAUGUCUGCCGUCUGGCCCUGUGUUGUAAUCUCGCGCUCGCCACAGACGUCCGAGCACCAGCACAAGCGCGAGCUCCAGCCAGCCGCCAUGGCGAUCACUGCGGCUCAUGUGCACUGUGGCAUGGAUCUGUCCGCGCCGCCUGGCCGCCUGGCCGCCUUCGCACUAUUCAUGCCGCCCGGCGGCCGGCGUGGUAUCCGGGAUAUCCGGAUAUACGCUGCGGCACUUCCAGCGACGUCUGUCGGCGUGCGUGCGUGCCCAUCGCUGCGUACCACGCACAGCAACGCGCGAGCAGCAUCCCCGCAUCGACCAUCGACCAUCGCAUCCAUCGCGUCGACCGUCGGCAUUGCUGGUUUCGGAGGCCGAUCGGCUGAACGGAUCCUUGUCGCUUGAACGGCAAACAUUGAGCCACUCCGCCCCCGUGCCGCUUUCGCCACCCGGCGCUGCGAUCGACAUUGCAUGCAGAUACGUUGCACAGGUCCAGACUGGGUCCUCCGAGACGCCGCGCACGCCGGCGCCAGUUUUAGAUGAGCGCUCGGAGCAUUAAUCAGGUGAUUUGAGCCGCCACGAGCGACUCGCCAGCCACCCAGUGCCUGUCGGAGGACACGCGACGGCGAUUUGCACUGCACAGAAAGCAGCCGGCGUAUACGC